GCCACUUGGCUCGUGCAUCCCAAUCCCUGUCUCCGAACCCCACACAACUACCCCAUACAGAAGGUUCAAGAUCAAAGGCCCAGUAUUUACCCGACCACCGUUAUGCCACACCACUUCCACCGAAUCGCACCUUGAUCUCCUACUCACAAACAUUUGUACGCUGCGUCACACCUUGUAGGGGUUAUAGAUCGCAGCCAUUCCUGCCGCUAUCACUCCGGCAUCAGCGAACAGUGUACCUCGGCACGCGUUGGUUGGAGGAUUGCUUAGUGAGCUUACUACGGCCGAGACUGCAGACAUACAAUAGACGUUGGAAGCCGCAGACGUGUGAAACAGUCCUAUUGAAUGCUCAAGAUCACGCAAGGGCCGUGAGACACGGAAUCCGACGCAACAACGUCGUAGCCUCCGGACAGUGCGUUCCCACAUUGACGGGCGACUACUGUAAUCAGAAUCAAACCCGAAGUAUCACUCAACGAUGUCCGUCCCGCGCGAGCGCUACCUCUCCAACGUCUGGCGCGAUGGCAUCUUCACCGACAAAGUCCUCUUCUGCACCGGCGGCGCGGGCACAAUCUGCAGCAUGCAAGUGCGCGCCUUCGUAGCGCUCGGCGGCAACGCGUGCAUCAUCGGCCGCAACGUCGAGAAGACCGAAAAGGGCGCGGCUGACAUCGCCACCGUCCGUGCCGGCGCGAAAGUCCUGGGCAUCGGGGCAGUCGACGUGCGGGAUCCCAAGGCUUUACAGGCGGCUGCGGAUCGCUGUGCGCGAGAAUUAGGCGGGAUCGACUUUGCGAUCGCGGGCGCGGCGGGGAAUUUCCUGGCGCCGAUGGCGCAGUUGAGUCCGAAUGCGUUUAAAACUGUUAUUGAUAUUGACGCGAUUGGCUCGUACAAUACGGCUAAAGCGGUCAUGCCGUACCUGGUCGAGAGCGUGAAGAAGCACGGCAACACCGGUAAAGCGCAACCCACGGGUACCGGUGGUCGGAUUAUCUUCAUUUCCGCAUCGUUUCAUUUUAGGGGCAUGCCGCUUCAAGCUCACGUCAUGGCUGCGAAAGCGGCGGUGGAUCAGAUCGCGCAUUCGGUGGCGAUCGAGUUUGGCCCGUAUGGUGUUACUAGCAAUGUUAUUACGCCUGGCCCCAUUGCCGGGACCGAAGGGAUGGAGAGGCUGUCUCGCAGCGAUGAGCAUACCGUUACGGAGAGCAAGCGACAGAUUCCGGUAGGGCGUUGGGGUGAAGUGAAGGAAAUAGCCGAUGCGACCGUUUACCUGUUCUCGGAGGCUGGGAGCUAUGUCAAUGGCAACGUGCUGGUGGUGGACGGCGGACAGUGGCGGACGAGUGGGGCGAACAUGGGCGGUGCGGCGAUGAAGUAUCCUGACUUCCUCCUUUCCGGCGCGGUGGUAGAGGGGGUAAAGAGUGGUAAACGGACGAGCAAGAUCUGAUGAACAGUGUCCCCUCAUGCCCCGUUCAAAAGAUCGCAAUACGUUGCCAUCUGUCAAGAUUUCUUGCGUUCCUCUGGCAAAUGUCUGAACGAGAGCGAUACCUGUAGGACUUUCUGCAUCCCUCCUCACGGACGAGGAAGAUCUGCUGGGACGUAGCGUGGGCCGCAA